AUGGACCCGGUCGCUGGCGACUCUGCUGCCUCGACUACACCUGGUUCUACCGCUGCGGAUCAUGACCCUGGAGCUGCUACUUUUACUUCGUCUGGCUACCCGAUCGAGGGGACCUGCGGGAUAGUCAACGUUGGCUCUGCGAGGUGGUCCGUGGACGCGUCCGAGUCUGGCCUGGCUGCGCCCCCCGAAGUUCCUACUACCGGGGAUGCAACCCCUAGCGACAUCCUGCCCUGGUCGACUGGCAAGAACGGCGCCCUCGACGCGGUCUCCUCGCGCCCCACCGACUCGGAGGACGGCGGCUCCGACUCCGCGUCGCGCACGGCGGACCUCGAAUGUCCCUAUUAUCAACGCGCCACGGGGCUCCUCGCGAUUCUGACUGAGCAGAUCGAACGGCUCGAGGCGGAGCUCGCGGACGCGCAGCGCGAGUGCAGGCGCAGGGCAGCGUCGGUCUGCGCACGGGGCAUCGGGGGCUGGAUGCGCGUCGCUCCCGCGGGAUAUGGCGGAAGAUUGUUGCCGGCGAUUCAGAGCUCCCACAAGGGCUCCGCGCGUCGACUCGACGCCUCAUGA